AUGACAUCCUUCAAAAAAAAGGCCUAUAUAUUUGUGCACGCACAUUACUUGUUCUCAAAAAUGGCCUUUUGUAAGUUAGUCUUCCCAGUAGUUAUCGCUUGUCUUUUCUUUUUGUUCACAUUUUCAUCUCAUGCUUCUGAAGGAACUGACGCUGGUUUCAAGGUUUCAACCCCUAACAGUAACAGUAGUUCUCAAAAUGUUAAUAUCUCAAUUUAUUACGAAGCUUUCUGUCUUCAUUGUGCAAAGUUUAUUGUCAACAAGCUGGAAGGCUUGUUCGAAAAUGGUCUUAUCUCCAUCAUCAAUCUCACGCUAGUUCCUUGGGGUGAUUCCUACAUCGAUAAAUCUAACAACACCAUCAUUUGUAAGCAUGGACAAGAGGAAUGCCAGUUAAAUACCAUUGAAGCCUGUGCUAUUCAUGUCUGGCCUGACGUGAACAAGCAUUACGGUCUGAUCUACUGCAUUGAGUUUCUAGCGAUUGAGGGAAGGCAAAAAGAAUGGGAAAGUUGUUUCGACUCAUUGGGCUUGCCUCAGAAACACAUUUUAGACUGCUACAAUAGUGGAAAGGGAAGAACGCUUGAGUUAGCAUAUGCCAAUGAAACUGCUCAUCUUAGUCCACCUCACGCAUAUACUCCAUGGGUGGUGGUGAACAAUCUGUCAAUUGGAAAUGACUACGAAAAUCUUGAAGCUUAUAUCUGCAAAGCAUACAAAGGCAACGCUGCACCCGACAGCUGCAAGUCAAUUCCACCAGAUAUCAACUCAACUGGUAAUGCAAAGAACUUGAAGUCUUCAACACCAACAAAAAAAAUGCACAGCCGCUGAUCCUGCCUGGUUCGUGGCCAUCAUAAUUAACCCUCUCUGGGAGAUGCUCGCCAGUCUGGCUUUGGGACUGUGGUUGAUUGUAUUUAUUAUUUACCAAAGUUAAGAAAUACUGUGUACAUCACAUGCGAAUAUAUUUCAAUCAAUCACACUCUGUCGUUUGCAUUAAUUAUCGCAACAUUUGGCCUUAUCAACAAUAAGAGGAGAAGUUCUAGCAUUAGGUUUGGGUUCAGAAAUAUGAGGCUUUCUU